AUGCCAAGCCGCCCGCCACCACCAUAUUCAGAACAUUCACCUUCACACCCUAUGUCAACAAGCAGUUUAUCUGAAGCAUUGAACAUACCACCACCGCCUUCAUACUCUCGAGACAUGGUCUUCCGUGUCUUGAAAGAUCAGAAAUAUGCGCAGGCUUGGAUGAUCAGGGUAUAUGAACAUGAUCCAGCAGUACGAGUAUCAUCAUUUGAUAUGACCUUUUUCACGCGGACAUUGUCAUAUAAAUGCAAGUCACCAGAAACAAGAAACGCCCGCAAUUCUGCCAUCUGUAUAGCCCCAGAUCCGUAUAAGAAGAGAGCAGAAGUGAUCAUCAAAGUCCUUCAACAAUUCGACCGCUCGGCCUUGAGUGAAGUUGGUGCACUGAAACGCUUUUCUUACCUUUUCGAUUCUGGAUUGCUCAAGGGAAAACCAACCAUAAUCACUCGCAAAUUUCCUGGGGUUCCCUUGCAGCAAACAGAUGCCUGGAUAAAAAACCCAGGUCAGAGAGAAAAUUUGAGGGAGCAAGUCCGGACCAAAGUGCGAACGCAGGUUUUACUAUGGGCUCUUGGUGACAAACUUCUAUAUAUGCAAGUGGCAGAUGUAUAUUAUGAAUUCAAGUAUACUCACCCUCCCGAUCAGUGA